ACGUACAGAUGGGUGGAUGUUGGAGUUGCUGAAUUCUACAAAUACAUUGGACUGUUAUUCUACAUGGGCAUGAUCAAGCUGCGUGACAUUAAUGACAACUGGAAGAAUACCAUCUUCUCACUCCCUUUCCCGGCAGAGUUGAUGGCAAGAGACAGAUACAGAACAAUAUCCUGGAAUGUGCACAUGAGCGACCCAGAUGAGGAGAGAGUGAAUGAUGCCCAGACUGGAACCUCAGCACACGACGGACUGUUCCGGCUCAAACCCCUCAUGAACACCAUCCAGAAUGCCUGUAAGGCAUUCUAUCAUCCCCACAGGAACAUUGCUGUGGAUCAGCAUAUGGUGGCUUGCAAAGGACAUACCAUUUCAAAUGAUUUCAAGUUGUUUGUGCUAGCAGACUCCAGCAAUGGGUACACUUUGGACUUUUCCGUAUACACGGGAAAGAACAACUUCCCCACAGUGCAAGGCCUCUCUUAUGACUCUGUCAUGUCACUGAUUGACAUAAAGUAUUUGGGAUCUGGAUACCACGUGUACAUGGACGAUUUCUAUACAAGCCCAAAGCUUUUCAAGGACUUGUUGGCUUUCAAGUUUGGUGCUUGUGGAACAUACCGAGAUUCCCGGAGGGACUGUCCACGCAGUGAUGUCAAUGUACUGACAAAAAAGUCCCCUGGAGGAACGUACCGCUGGAUAAGGGAUGGUCCUCUUGUUUAUGUGAAAUGGAUGGACACACAAGAGGUGUCUGUCUGCUCCACCAUCCAUGCAGCCUACACUGGGGAUACAGUAAAGAGAAGAGUGAAAUCCAGACAGGGUGUCUGGUCUUCACAGUCCUUUCCAUGCCCCUCACCUGUGGUAGAAUACAACAAGUUCAUGGGAGGUGUGGAGGAGUUCAUGGGAGGUUUCCCAGGAGAGUUGAUCCAGUAUUACACAGCACAGCACAAAACCAUGAAGUGGUACAGGAAACUCUUUAUUCACUUCCUGGAUAUUGCUGCAACAAAUGCCUACCUUCUCCACAAAGAACUCAUGCAAAACAUGCACAAGGACAGCAUGACCCAGAAGGCUUUCAGGGAGGAGCUCACUGAACAGCUGUGUGGUGUCACUCAGACACAAAAGGCUCCUGUAAAGGAGGACAGUGAUUUGCACAUUCCAGUUUGUGGGGUUGAGCUGAACACUGAUGGUGGGAAGAAGGCUCAUGCUAACCGCAAGACCUGUGCAUAUUGCAGGAAGCAUAGGGGAAAGCAAGCAAAAACCCUUUGGAAGUGCAGAGCAUGUCAUGUCUACCUUUGCCUUCUACCAGAGAGAAACUGUUUUAAUGCUUGGCAUGAUGAGGAAUGAUCAUUUCUGUAAUCUAUUGAGAUAUAACCUACAGCUGAAGAGUCCAUAUUUGUAUAGUCUUUUGGGAUUUCAAAACUGAUGGUUGUGGGGACAGAAUGCCACAAUGACAUGCCAGGCCCAUUACCUAUUGGCCAUUGUAUUUCACAGGUGGGCCAUGAGCAGUGACAAUGGGGAGGGGCAAUCAAAUGUUUGUUUGCACCUACAGUAUAUCAUCAAUAUUCAUUGUGUAGGGACACUGGUUUUGGAGAGGAAAAGGUUACUCUGAAGUUACUAAUAUUUAGUAGUGAAACCAGAGAAUUGCUGAAGGCUGAAAUCACCCUAUGUGUAGUGAACAACUAUGUUUACAAGGUUCAGAGUUCAAAAGUCUUGGCCAGAAAUAUUUACAAUGUGUUGUAAGUCUCAAGUCCACUGAAAGAAGGUUUUUGUAAGGGUAUCUUUACAUUUGAUUUAAAUAAAAAAUGUAUUUAUUACAUUCCUUGUAGUCUCGUGUUAUUUCUUAAGUUUUCUAGAUUAUAACCAUAUUUGGCACUUUUGCGAAGAAAUUUCGAAUCAGCCAACGGCCUGGUCUCACUGUUAAACUCAAAAACUCCGACGAGGCUACAGCUGGCAUGAAGGAGAUCUCAGCACCAUGGACAGCAUCAUCCGUUUCUAGCUGUUCGGCGAACCGCUCCCUGACUUGUCACCAAACAGUCUUCUUGUAGGCUGCAGUGAAUUCAAAGGUUCCCAGUUUUAUCAGCCUCAAAAUGAGCCGCUAAGCAAAAGGAAAACGCUUGGUGGUGUUCUGCAACAAACCAGUUCAAGUGGAACUUUUCCAAUUGAUUAAAAGCCUGUAUAUUUCAGCGGUCACCUAAUGCAAACAUGUCCUACAAGCCAUACAUUUUAUUUGCUCUUAAAGGAAAUCAUUCAGAAGCAAAGGGAACAGUAAAUUGGAUUCGAUUGUUAACAUACAUCUGCCUUAACAUAAAACUCCUAUUACAAAGCAGCAUAAAAUGGAGUAUAGCUAUCUGGAAAAGAAGCUGUGAAAAUCUCCAGUCAUUUAAAGUUGUCAGGACUGAGGUAAAACACUGUAAAUCAAACGAAAGCUGCUCAUUGCAAAGCUUCUUCUGUCCACCUUUGCCGCGAUGCUUCAAACGAGUUACACUUAGAUUCGGCCAUGAAUAAAUGAAACAGAGACAUGAAAUGUUGAAAACAAACAUUGACAAAAUUGUGGCUAAUUAGAAAACAAAAAAUUCGUCGAGGCUUGCUUCAUUUUCCACACGUACAACACGUACAAACUUUAGCAUUUGAGUAUCUGCUGUGCUGUACUUUCUACCAAAUCAGGCUUCACUUCUAAAAACGAAUCAAUACAAACUUUUUUUAUUUUUAUUUUUAUUUACAAUGUGGCUAUACUGCGUAAAUGGCCACUUCUGGCUAAAUACAGUCAGUCACAGUCCACAAUUCUUAGCACUUUCAACUGUCUCAGAUUUCUCGCGUGAGUCCAAAGCCCUGACCGAGUCAACCCGUCAGUUAAAGUACUCACCCAGCCAAGAACGGCUCCAGGGUUGCGGGAUAGGAAGAAGGCUCGACAGAGGGGAAACGUGCCCACUCUACCGGCAGUACGUUUCCUCCUUGCUGGGUUUAUCCCUACCCAAUGUGCGAGAGAGCUGCCAAAAUGUCUCACAGACGACGGUAAACGUGGCGCUCUCUCCAGCGGUAGUGCGCUGAAUGAAUAAUUCUUGAGAAGACGGGGUUUAUAUAGCCCUUAAACGUCAUAAAACAGACACGUCAAACGAACGCAGCAUCAGAAUUCAGAAGACUUUCUGCGCUAGCAACUGUUGGCAAGGCAAAUGUUGUCAACGCGAUCGGAUAACAGCCUAUCAAAUAGCAUUAUACACUGCGCGUAAAGACGGAAAUCCUUGCUCAUUCCGACACCACUCAAAUUCGUAAGAAAUAUUAGCGAAUAUGGACACGCUUCGGGAAAAGAACUAUGAGUAUGAUUUGAGCUUUUUUUCGCUGGCCCCACUGACGAUUUAGCAGUAUUGUGAUUGUAUCCGGCCGGAAAGUACAAACACACAAUUCUGAAUACGUUCAACUGUCUUUUUGUCGUCUCGAAAAACAACGUGUCAGACGAAACAGACACAUAAAAAGGACACUUUGUAAGGAGAAUAAAACCAAAAUCCUGCACAUUUCAGUGUCUGAUUGAGGCCGCAGCUCCUAAUGACCCACCCAUUAGCAAAUUGGGUCUAUUCAUAUGAUAAGAGGAUGGUAAAUUGGCGAUCGCUAUUGGGUCAUGACGUGGCAAAAAAAAACCGCCCCAUUUCACCAGUAUAAACAAGUCCACAUGUUGGGUUGGUUUCAUUCCGACUGAAGAGCCACAAGAUGCCGCUACCUAUCUCUGCUACUGAGGCUUCGCACCGGAUUCAAGAGGAACUUGAUCUGGAGAGCGAGGAGGACAACCACUCCUCGGAUGAAAGUGGUGAAGACACUGAGGAUGAACGCAUCCACUUUGAGCUUCGUUUUGACCCCGCUGAAGAUAUUUGUAUUGAGUAAGUUAUAUUCAUUUUACUCUUGUCUUGUAUAUUCAUUUGACUCUAGCUCAAUGUAUGCUGUUGGUUAACUUAUAGGGAGUAAAACGCAUGCCAUGAUUUGCUCUUAGUUGGGUGUAUUAUUUCAGGUUACUGCCGUCAACUGCACGGUGAUUUUGAAUCAUAUAUGUCGCUAAGACUAUUAUACAGUAAAGGCAUAUCAUGCUCAGAGUUAAGUAUAAGGUGGACGUUUGGAGUAUGUUGUCUGCGCAGAAAGGAGUAAAACAAAGGCUUACACGGUGGCUAUAUAGCAGCCAGUGAUGUAAACAUACAAACGCUAAAAACAUGUUUUACUCCUGUUAGAAAUCAUUAAUGUAUGCUAUUAUAAUACUUAUGAGUAGGCUUAAGUCGAAACUAAUGAGGUGUAAAUGAUCGAAACUGGUGAAGUGAUUAUAGAAAGACAUGUAAAUAUAUGUAGUUGUCAUGCAUGGUCUGUCUAAUGUGUGAACUGCAGCGCGGAAAUUCUAUGUUUUAAAAAUGCAUGAACAUAAAACGAAAGACUAACCUUUUUUAAUUUACUGUAACUUACAGAAACUUGGAGAACAUUGCACCCGCACCGCCAAGGAAAAGAGCACGAUGUCAGCCCAAACAGGAUGCGUGGUCAUGGAAGACAGAAAAUGAUGACGAUGCCACUCCAUCAACACUGCCGUUUCUUCCUGCAAGGGAGCCUGGUGUGCAGCUGAGUGCAGCAGACAACCACACUCCUCUGGACCUCUUCAAGUUGUUCUUUUCAGAGGAUGCUGUGGAAACCCUCUGCCAAAACACCAACAAGCAAGCUGCUGGGAACAUAGCCAGAGGUGCAACGUACAGAUGGGUGGAUGUUGGAGUUGCUGAAUUCUACAAAUACAUUGGACUGUUAUUCUACAUGGGCAUGAUCAAGCUGCGUGACAUUAAUGACAACUGGAAGAAUACCAUCUUCUCACUCCCUUUCCCGGCAGAGUUGAUGGCAAGAGACAGAUACAGAACAAUAUCCUGGAAUGUGCACAUGAGCGACCCAGAUGAGGAGAGAGUGAAUGAUGCC